AUGGCGGACUCAUAUGCGAGCAGCUGUCGUUCGGGCUUCUUUGGCGACAAGUGCCAGUACCAGUGCCACUGCGCCCUGGAGUCAUCAUGCGACGCCGUCACCGGAAGCUGCAACGGAUCCGCAUGCGCAUACGGGUGGAUGGGUCCACUCUGCCAGUACCUGAACCUCGCGUAUGACAUGCCAGCCUCUGCAUCCCCCGUCCUCAACAGCCCCCAGCUUGCCGUGGAUGGCGACAUUAACACCUGCUUCGAGACGCUGGCGACCAGUGGCUCACCAUCCUGGCACGUGGACCUGGAGACGAAUCAGUGGAUCACCUGGAUUCGGAUCCACACAGCCACAACGACAGACCUGCUGAUUGAGCUGGACCGCCUUGACGGGUACGGUGACGUCGUCACGUCUGUGUGCAACUCCUCCUACUCCCCACGGUACCAGGUGUCAUCUGGACACCUGGAUAUCAGAUGCAAGGAACCAAUACUGGCUAGAUGGGUCAAGAUCAUUAGGCACGUGCACGCGUCACCAAGGUUACAACUGUGUGAAGUUGAGGUCAGUGGAGGGCGUAACAUCGCCCUGAAGAGGCGCACCUACCAGAGUUCAACAUGGGGCGGCCCUGACUUUAUAAAUGGUACCCUGAAGGCCUACAACUUCACAUCCGACCUGGCAGUGGACGGUAGUACAAACACAGACUUCACCAUGGGCUCGUGCACGGUUACCAACGUGCUGGACACGCCCAAGUGCAGAGAAGGGACAACCAACCCGUCCUGGGCCGUGGACCUUGGACAGCUUCAUGAAAUCUACAGCGUGGUGGUCUACAACAGGGGCGAUCCGGGCUUGACGAACCGACUAGCAGGCUUCUCCCUGCUGACUUCCGGUCCGGAGUACCUGGAGGUAUACCGUGACGUCACCAACAACCCGGCGCUCGUGACGGAAGUGGUGGUCCGUGGAAGCCUGACAGCUGAUGGAGUGCUGCUCCGAUUAUAUGGCUGUCGCAUCCUGACCCUGUGUGAGGUGGAGGUGUACGGAGACUGCUUGGAUGAGACAUACGGCCUUGAGUGUAACAAAACCUGUCUGUGUCGAGACGAGGACGAGGCUUGUGGGAAGCUGGACGGUCAGUGUCUGUCGGGGUGUCCUGAUGGCUACACAGGGCUUGACUGUACAGAAUUGUGUCGUAACGGGACGUACGGCCAGGACUGUAACGAAACGUGUAACGACAACUGCCUGGACGACUCAUGCCAUCAAAUGACUGGGCGCUGCACCGACGGCUGUGAACCAGGAUGGAUCGGACCCAUGUGCAGCAAAGCCUGUACAGAGGGGUGGUAUGGCCCUCAGUGUGAGCUUCAAUGUCACCGGAAUUGUCACCAUAAGCUGUGCUAUGCCAACAACGGCAGCUGCAGUCAUGGGUGUUCAACGGGAUGGAUGGGCGUCAGUUGUCACAGAGCUAUUGUAGGUCUUCCCUUCGUUGAAGAACGAAGUAUUCUGAUUGGAGCUUUGGUUGGAGCUUUCAUCUUUGUCAUCGGCCUGAUCAUCGUCAUCAUCAUUCUCAAGCGCCGCCACAAGCCUGUGUACUCCUGUCGUGAGGCUGAACGAAGGAGAAAAGGACCCGUGCAGCAGUCGGAGGUGUCCAAAGCUCCGGAAGUAACACAAUCACCCAUAGUGACAAUGACGUCAUCACCUAUUGUAGCCAGGAGGAACGCGAGGCUGCUGAAGGCUCGACUGGAUAUGUCUUGUGUGGAGGAUGAUGAUCUGACCGGCGAUGAAGAAGCGUUGGUGCCCCCGACUGCUGACCCGGACGCCAAAAUGGAAUACUACAACUUGGACGUCGACAAGUCGGCUGCUACUGCAGUGCGGGUGGCGGACUUCCCUGCCUAUAUGGACAAGUGGCGAAGCAACAAAUACCACUUCCAGCAUCGCUUUCUGAAGCUACCCCGGGAUUACAUUGUGUCUUGUGACGUUGCCAGCGCCGACGUCAACCGCCACAAGAACAGAUACCUCAACAUCCUGCCCUAUGACCACAGUCGUGUUGCCUUGGACGUCGUGGACGGUGAUUCUACAUCAGAUUACAUCAACGCCUCUCAUAUCCUGAGCUACAACAAGAAAACGAGUUACAUAGCAUCACAAGGGCCAAACAAAGCAAUCCUGGCAGACUUUGUCCGUAUGAUCUGGGAGAAGAACGUGAAGACAGUUGUCAUGUUGACAAAUCUGGUGGAAGAAGGCAGGAGGAAGUGCGAAGCCUACUGGAACUGUGAGGAGGAUCUGCUCCUUGGAGACAUCACUGUGAGAGUAGUACAGGUGGACACCAGGGCUCACUACACAGUCAGGACUCUGCAGAUGACGAAGCUCAAUGGUCCAUCAAGGACGGUUACCCAGUUCCACUUCACGGCCUGGCCGGACAAGGGAGUGCCACUGUCAGCGUGGUCGCUAGUUUACUUCCGUCACAAGGUCAAGGUCGCUGUUGAGAAGUCAGAUGGUCCCGUCCUUGUACACUGCAGUGCUGGCGUGGGAAGGACUGGAACGUUUAUUGCACUGGAGAAUUUGCUGGAAGAGGCGGCCCUUGACGACGAUGUAGAUGUCUUUGUCGUUGUAUGGAAGCUUCGCCAGCAACGAGUGAACAUGGUUCAGACACUUGAUCAGUUCGUCUUUCUGCACGAGGCACUUUUGGCGGCUUUGGUCGCCUGCAGCAGUUAUCUCACACCAGCUACAUUACUAGAUCAGUUCCAGAUCAUCACAUCAGAAUGUGCACAUAAAGAAUUCAAGGACCUGAAGACCUGCCCCACAGAGACGUCAGAGAAAGAGUUCAUCUCCGCCAGGGCAGCCGAGAACAGGCGCAAAAACAGAUAUUGUAACAUCCUCCCGCUCGACUCAUACCGACCACAUCUACACACCGAUGUCAACGACGCAGGCAACGACUACAUCAAUGCUGUUUUUGUGCCAUCAUUCCGUCACCCCCGGGGGCUGCUCGUGACCCAGACACCUCUCCCUCAUACAGUUCUGGACUUCUGGAGGCUCGUGUACGACCAUGACGUCAGUCUCAUCAUCAUGAUAGACAGCAUCACGGACGACCAGGACGUAGAGGAUAUUGGAGUCUACUGGCCCGAGCACGGUGAGACGAUGGAGAUUGGGCCGUUCAUGGUGUCGUCCGUGUCGGGUGAGGAGGGAGAAGGACUGUGUAUCCGGAACUUUCAUCUUGUAAAGACAAAGGCUGGAGACAAGACACGGGUACUACGUCAGUAUCACUGCAUGGACUGGCCGGACACUUGCGAUCUGCCGUCAUAUGACGUCAUCAAAUCUUGUGUAGAUGCGGUGAGAGUGGAAGGAGCCAAACAGCCCCAGGACCCAGUCCUAGUUCACUGCAGGGUCGGUGUGAUAGUCUAG